ACUGGUGUCCUGUACAAAGAGGAUAACUACAUUAUAAUGACCACUGUGGAUAAAGAAAAAUACAAAUGCAUGCUUCCGCUGGUAGCAAGUGGCCAGGAGGAAGAAGAAAAGGACUAUAAAGGUCCUACUCCAGGAGAAUUGCUGGAACCUCUUUUUAAGCAAAGUAGCUGUUCAUAUAGAAUUGAAUCUUACUGGACUUAUGAGGUUUGCCACGGAAAACACAUCCGCCAGUAUCACGAGGAGAAGGAAACGGGACAGAAAAUUAACAUCCAGGAAUACUACCUGGGGAAUAUGAUGAUAAAGAACCCAUUCUCAGAACCAGAUCAAGAAGAGAAGGAGAAUCCAAAAGAGAGUGCCAAAGAGACACCUACAAAAAACAUAGAAGGGCAGAUGACCCCAUACUAUCCCGUAGAGAUGGGGAAUGGCACACCUUGCAGCUUGCGACAGAACCUGCCCAGAUCAAGCACGGUGAUGUACAUCUGUCAUCCGGAAGCUAAACACGAGAUCCUUUCCGUGGCGGAAGUUACGACCUGCGAAUACGAAGUGGUCAUAUUGACGCCGCUCCUGUGCGACCAUCCCAAGUACAGGUUAAGGGCCUCCCCUGUGAAUGACAUCUUCUGCCAGUCCCUGCCAGGCUCCCCGCUGAAACCCCACAAUCUGGAGCAGCUGGAGAAACAGCAGGAAAUGCUGAAGAUGCCCUUUAGAAGGGUUAAGGAGGUAGGAUUUCUUGAAGUUUAAAUAGAAAAAAGUCCUUGUUUUCCAUGCUGUAGCACAAACGAGUCUCAGUCCCUUUCCAUUCAUAAGCCUGUCGCUGUGGGAAGCCACCAGCUGUUAACGGUGGGAACGACCCACAUCUCCAAACUGACCGACGAGCAGCUUAUCAAGGAGUUUCUUAGCGGUUCCUACUGCUUCCAUGGGGGUGUCGGUUGGUGGAAGUACGAAUUCUGCUACGGCAAAUACGUUCACCAGUAUCAUGAGGAUAAGGAAAGUGGCAAGACUUCCGUGGUUGUGGGUACCUGGAGCAAGGAGGAGCACAUGGAAUGGGCCAAGAAGAAUGCUGCUAGAACCUACUCCCUUCAAGAAGAUGGCACACAGACGGUCAGGAUGGUGUCUCAUUUCUACGGCAACGGAGAUGUUUGCGACCUAACGGACAAGCCAAGGCAGGUGACUGUGAAAUUGAAAUGUAAAGAAUCCGACUCCCCCCAUGCCGUGACCAUAUACAUGUUAGAGCCUCAUUCUUGCCAAUACAUCCUUGGGGUGGAGUCUCCCGUCAUCUGUAAAAUUCUGGAUACAGCGGAUGAAUUCGGGCUGCUUUCGGUGCCCAGCUAA